AUGUCAUCAGACAAGGGCGUCAAAAACUACAAAGUACAAGCCUUCACGGUCAAGCGGGAACCAACUCGAACUCCAGCCGACCUUCACCUCACGCGGCCAAAGUUCGCUCCUUCCUCCGGCGGCUCCAGGUUCCGUUCACUCCCGUCCAGGUCCCCUUCACCCACGCGGCCGCCUCCGGGUUUCCACGUCCCAUCUUCCAUUCACCUUGAGAUCCUUCACCUCUUUCUGCAAGAGCGCAGCACACGUCGCGACAACGAAAUCUUCGCCCCGGAAGAACACCCUUCGUGUUUCCUUCCUUCCUUUUUGUCGCAGUCGUUGGCGACAGGCGAAAUGGCUGACGAAGAAGAGGGCCGCCCUCUGUUGGGCACUCGCGAUUACGGUGAUGGCGACUCCGGUGAUCACGAAACCAAUCAUCGUGAGAUGGAUUACGAGGAUCUCUGGUUCGACCCCGAGCUUUUCGCUCACGUGCAUUCUCAUACAGGCAAUCCAGUAGCGGGCCACUACGUAUGGGUCUGUGUCAAUGAUGAGCCUGUAGAACGCUGGAUUACUGCGCUAGGAAGGGACAACGCUGGGUAUGAGAUUCAAGCAGGCAAUGAUGUAAUCCGCUUCCAAUUUCGCUGCUUGGACGAUGAGAACAUGUUACGGCUCUUCACGUAUUGGGAAGAGAUCCUAAGAGAGCGCGCCAGCCAGGAUGCAGUCGCUGAACAAACCUCUGCCACCGAGAAUAUCGUCCCCGAGAACACCAUCCCCAGGAAUAUCAGCACCGACAGCACCAUCACCGACAACACCAUCACCGAGUGUACAACCGAAAACUCUUCUAUCGAGAAUCCCACCGAGGAGACCGACGAAGUAGCAACCACCGACAUGAACAAUGACGGCGAAGAUACUGCCAUCAAAGCACCCGGCGGGCGAAAUGCCCUUGAAGUGGUCAAACAUUUUUUCUUUCAGCCCCUUAGACUGCCUCCUAUGCCACGCGGCCUUGAUCUCACCCGACGUGCGGGUCGGAACCAGUUUAGUUUCUGGAUUUUGCACGUGGUUUUUUCGGUCAUUUACUGGGUGGUUAUGAAUUUGUACUCCAUCUACCACAUGCUUCUGUUUCUUCUAAUUAUCGCAGACGCGUUUGGCUGCGAAGGGGCCGGGCGGCUACUCAAGGAGCUCACCUUUGGAUGGCUGCCCAUAGCGUGGCUGGGCUGGGCUAGGAGUGACGAAGGCAAAGCCGCGGAGCAGGAAUACACUGCCGCUCAUGACAGAGUGAGGGCCGAGUACAACGAGCAGGUUAGACAACUUCGCCUUCAGCGAGAGGCGCGGAGGAUGGCGUGGACGGGUUAGUUUCCAGGGAAGGCAUGUGGAAACUGCAUGUCAGGAUACCUCGCGAGGGUUGAGUAUUUGGUCAGAUAAACGAGUGUUUAUUGAGGACGCAGCAGAUGGUACAAGAGAGCGCUUGACUACGGGACUGUUAUCUCGUUCUUUCUUUGUAUAGGUAUUAUUGUAUUAGUACCGCCUGCUCUUCAAGCGAUUCAUAAGUGUGAACGUUCUUACUUUACUCGCACAUCACUU